AUGUUAAGUGGAACUCGUCUAAGAGGGAGCAGGACCAAGCGAGCGGAGAAGUAUGCAGACGAAGAAACGGAAUCGAUGCUUGUUGACGCUGAUUCUAUUAAAGUAUUUGUCGAAAACACGCCAAAGUUUUUAACCCAAGGUGAACGUAAGACAUUGACACAGCAAAGUUCAAGCACAAAUGUUAAAGACUGUAAUGCAAUGCUUUUUGAAGGUAGAAAUUGGAGGGUUGAUAUCUCGGCUGACGUUUUGGAAGAAGGAGAAAGGGAGCAAGAUGAUUUUGCCACAAAUACGACCGUACGUUCAUCGCGAAAAGCAAAAGGCCUUGCGUUUUUAGUCGAGGACAGGGAAUCUUGUUUUAAUCCUGAAAUUGCUUUAUCAAGUCCAUUAUAUGAUUGUGAAAACGAUCUAUUCAAGUCAAACUUUGAUAAGAUUACCCGUGGAAGAAAGGUCGGAAACCGUUUGGGAGAAAAUUUAUCGCAAAUCGCAUCAGACGGUUGGGAAUUAUGCAAUGAAAACGACCACAACGAGUCGAAUUUUAGAUUUAUUGACUCGAUGAAGAAAGGUGCGAAGAAUUACAGUGAACGUCACACCACAAACGCACCGAAAGAUGACUUAACUUCGGAGGAUAAUUUAGUUUUUUCUGAUAUUUUUAAACAGAAGAUAAAAAGUACAACGUCUUGCCAACAAUCUCGUGCAAAAAGACAGCAAAAUUUCCGCAGAGUUCGUAGCCAGUCAGAGAAAAAUGUCAAAAAUCCCACGGAACAUAAUCUAUUCACGGAUUUUAGUCUCUCCGACGAGGAAUCGUCAGAUAAAAGUACUCUACGAGGGUUUCCAUGGGGGAAAAGUACCCCCGGUGUUUUGCUCCCCGAUUGUAGUACAGUGCGAGGUAUACACCCGGGAGAAAGUUGCAUGCGAAGUUUAUCUCUGGAGGAAAGUACUAUGGGGGAUUUGUACUCGGGUCCAGAUGCUCUAGAGAAUAGAAUCUCUGAACAAUCCUCGAAAGAAGAUCCUUUGAAAUUAAUGGAAGACAGCGAAGAUCUGGUGAAUGAGCUCAGCACAGGGGGAGAUGAAUUCACUGAUAGCCAAGGGCAGCGAAGUUUUGUUUGUUUGGUCGAUCAACUUACCGACCUGCGAGUCAGGCAGAAAUUUGUCGCCCAUUAUGCGGGCAGGCGUCGUCAGGCAGUGUGCGAGGAGUUAGAAAAAGCGUUGGUGUGGAAGGAGAAGUGCUUGUAUGAGCACAGGCGAGAUUUGAAUAUUAGAAAGGCUCUGAGCAACAUGUUUUUGUAG